AUGGUUUUCGCCAUGGUUUGGCUUGACCGCAUUCAACCUUGUGCUCACGGGCUAGGCCAUCAGAUCUUUGGCAAGAGCUGGGCUGUGAAGUUGGGUUCAGAAGCCUUGGGCUGGGCCUUUUCUUCUGGGAAGUGGGGCUGGGCCUUCGUUGAGGUAGAAAUUUUCCAGGCCUUCAUUUCUUUGCGCAUGGGCCUUGCCGUUUGGCAAGAUGUCUGA